CAGCUCUGGGGCGUGGCUGCCGCCCCGCAUCUCUCCACCCAGCCCAGCCCGGGUUAGAACCGUGCUUUGUUCCGCUGCCUUCUCUCCCGCGUCUGGAUGCUUCCUUCGCCUUCCCAUCCCGCCUUUCGCCCGUUUCCUGAAUCUGGGCUCGCAUUCCCUUCCCCAGCGGCUGCCCUUGAACCAGGGCUCCCCCUCCUCCAACUUCAGGCCGCCUCCUUGCGGUGCAGUCUUCUGCACCCCGCUCCGCGCGCUCCCUUCCCGGCCGCCCGCUCUCCGCUGCCGCUUCUCCCCGGUCGGGUCUCCGCCCGGCCCCGCCCCUCCAGGCGGGGAAUGUCCCCCGCAGCCCCGCGCCCAUGGUCCUGACGCUGCUCCUCUCCGCCUACAAGCUGUGCCGCUUCUUCACCAUGUCGGCACCACGGGCCGGCGGCGAGAGGCUGACGGUGCCCAGGUCGGAUGGGGGCGGUGGCGCGGGUCCAUGGUGGGCCACGGGCGGCCGCGGGCCCCGCGAGGUGUCGCCCGGGGCGGGGGCCGAGGUGCAGAGCGCCCUGGAGCGGGCGCUGCCGGAGCUGCAGCAGGCGCUGUCGGGGCUGAAGCAGGCUGGCGCCGCGCGGGCCGUGGGCGCAGGCCUCGCUGAGGUCUUCCAGCUGGUGGAGGAGGCCUGGCUGCUCCCGGCCGUGGGCCGCGAGGUGGCCCAGGGUCUGUGUGACGCCAUCCGCCUGGACGGCGGCCUCGACCUACUGUUGCGGCUGCUGCAGGCGCCAGAGCUGGAGACGCGUGUGCAGGCCGCGCGCCUGCUGGAGCAGAUCCUGGUGGCCGAGAACCGGGACCGUGUGGCGCGCAUCGGACUGGGCGUGGUUUUGAACCUGGCGAAGGAGCGCGAGCCGGUGGAACUGGCGCGGAGUGUGGCAGGGAUCCUAGAGCACAUGUUCAAGCAUUCAGAGGAGACGUGCCAGCGGCUGGUGGCGGCCGGCGGCCUGGACGCGGUGCUGUACUGGUGCCGCCGCACGGACCCGGCGCUCCUGCGCCACUGCGCGCUGGCGCUGGCCAACUGCGCACUGCACGGCGGCCAGGCGGCGCAGAGGCGCAUGGUGGAGAAGCGCGCCGCCGAGUGGCUCUUCCCGCUCGCCUUCUCCAAGGAGGACGAGCUGCUGAGGCUGCACGCCUGCCUCGCGGUGGCGGUGUUGGCCACCAACAAAGAGGUGGAGCGCGAAGUGGAGCGUUCGGGCACGCUGGCGCUGGUGGAGCCGCUCGUGGCCUCGCUGGAUCCGGGUCGCUUCGCCCGUUGCCUGGUGGACGCCAGCGACACAAGCCAGGGCCGCGGGCCUGACGAUCUGCAGCACCUCGUGCCGCUGCUCGACUCGUCGCGCUUGGAGGCUCAGUGCAUCGGGGCUUUCUACCUCUGUGUGGAGGCUGCUAUCAAAAGCCUGCAGGGCAAGACCAAGGUGUUCAGCGACAUCGGUGCCAUCCAGAGCCUGAAACGCCUCGUGUCCUAUUCCACCAACGGCACCACGUCGGCAUUGGCCAAGCGCGCCCUGCGCUUGCUGGGUGAAGAAGUGCCGCGGCGCAUCCAGCCCUGCGUGGCCAGCUGGAAAGAGGCGGAGGUCCAGACCUGGCUGCAGCAAAUCGGCUUCUCCCAGUACUGCGAGAGCUUCCGGGAGCAGCAGGUAGAUGGAGAUCUGCUUCUGCGGCUCACGGAGGAGGAACUGCAAACUGACCUGGGGAUGAAAUCGGGCAUUAUCCGCAAGAGGUUCUUUAGGGAGCUCACAGAGCUCAAGACUUUCGCCAACUAUGCUACCUGUGAUCGCAGCAACCUGGCUGACUGGCUGGGCAGCUUGGACCCGCGCUUCCGGCAGUACACCUAUGGCCUGGUCAGCUGUGGCCUGGACCGCUCUCUGCUGCACCGCGUGUCCGAGCAGCAGCUGCUGGAGGACUGUGGCAUCCGCCUGGGUGUGCACCGCUCUCGCAUCCUCUCCGCUGCCCGAGAAAUGCUCCACUCUCCGCUGCCAUGUACCAGCGGCAAGCUUGGCGGGGACACCCCAGAUGUCUUCAUCAGCUACAGAAGGAACUCAGGCUCUCAGCUGGCCAGCCUCCUUAAGGUGCACCUGCAGCUGCAUGGCUUCAGUGUCUUCAUCGAUGUGGAGAAGCUGGAAGCCGGCAAGUUUGAGGACAAGCUUAUCCAGAGUGUCAUGGGUGCUCGAAACUUCGUGCUGGUGCUGUCGGCUGGGGCCCUGGACAAGUGCAUGCAGGACCACGAUUGCAAGGACUGGGUGCACAAGGAGAUUGUUACUGCUUUAAGCUGUGGCAAGAAUAUUGUGCCCAUCAUUGAUGGCUUCGAGUGGCCUGAGCCCCAGACUCUGCCCGAGGACAUGCAGGCUGUGCUCACCUUCAAUGGCAUCAAGUGGUCCCACGAGUACCAAGAGGCCACCAUUGAGAAGAUCAUCCGCUUCCUGCAGGGCCGCUCCUCCCGAGACUCCUCUGCAGGCUCUGAUACUAGUUUGGAAGGGGCUGCACCCAUGGGCCCACCUUAACCAGUCCCCAGGUCCCAAGUGCUGCUGUGACUCCCAUGUCCUCCUGAAGGUACACCUGGCCAGUCUGGGCUGAGACAGGGCCCUUCUCAGGACAGCUUGGGACAGCUCUCGAUGUCCCCACUCUCCUGGCCCGCAUUAAACCUAUCCCUUUCCGUGUGUGGAAAGGGAGGGAAGCCAAGUGUGGGGAUGGAGAGGCCGUCUCCUCCCUCUGGCCCUGCCAUUAGGUUCCCUGUCUUCCACUCUCACAACUGAGUCCCACAGAAGGUGGGGGGUGGGUUGCUGCAGGUCUUGUCUCCUACCCAGAGUGCAGCUGGUCUGAGAAGGGUGAAACCCAGCACCUUCCGACAGGUAGGAUGUGGGCAAUGCCCAGUCCUCCUGCGCCUGGGCCUCACUGUCCAAGUAAGGGCCUGGGCUCCGGAGGCAGCAGGAAUGAGAGUCACACUCAGCCAGUCCUUGUCCCUGGCUCACCGUUUCCUGCUGCCUUGUGGCCUUGUGUCACACUCAGUGCUCCUCCCAGCCUUCCUCUGGGGACAGCCUUCUUUGCCAUAUCCAGAUGCAAGGUUGGGCUGAGCUGGCCUUCUGGCUGGUCCACGGCCUAGGAACCUCUUGGGAUUGGGCAGGGAGGCCAGUCUCAAGCCCACCUUAUCACAUGCCUUGGUGCUAUGCCUAAGGCUCCUGCCCGGCCGGGCCUGCUGGCUUCCCUAGCUCCUCACACUCCCAGAGCGUCCUACUCACUUGCUCAGAAAAGAGAGGGACCAGGCAGCCUCCUGGCAGCACCAAUAGCCUGGGGAAAACUAGGGUUCCGUGGGGAGAGUCGCCAUCAGGAAGGGGAGGAUUUUGCUGCAGGGCAGUUUUGCCAGAUAUAAAGUGCAUUCAAAUCCUUGGGGACUCCUGGUAAAAUUCAGUUUAGGAGAAACCAUGUGGGGCCUGAGAGUCGGCAUUUCUGAUUCCCAAGAGAGCUGAUGACACCGAGCAGCAGGUCCCUCCGGAAUCCUUGUCAUUUCCCAAGAACUGGGAUGAGGGUCUGAUCAUCAAAGCCACCCUAGUCAGUAUGGUUGUUCCUACUUUAUGGAUAAGAAAAAGGCUGAGUGAGCCCAGUUCUCAAAGCCAUAGACGCAAUCCCAGGAUCCAGGCCCAGGCCUCCCAGCACUCAGUCACUGGUGAACCUGCUGUCCUCUGAGUCUCAUCCUGAGGGAUGUGCCCCAGGCAGGACCAUGGUUUGUUCCUUGCCUCAGAGAUUCUGGCUUUGGGACAGGUUUCAGCCAAAAGCCCAGGAAUAAACAGAAAUGACAUGAGAGAUUCCCUGUGCCCUUCCCUGCACUGGAGCACAAAGGGGAAAAGUGCUCUCUCUCCAGCAGCCCGGCUGGUGGAGCUGGCUGUUCCUGCUGCGUUGCUCUCCUCUGAGGGGACCUUGAGGCUGGCACUGACCCCAAAUAUCUUAGAUGUGGAGUAUGCCGGGGUGUGCCUUGAUUUUAGGGCCACAUGGUCAGAAGGUCUCAUACAGGCUUGGGGCAUCUUCCUUCCAUCUCCCUCCCUGCUAAACACCCCAUCUUUCGCCUCCAUGCCGGCCUGGCUGUGGCUCUGAGCAUGCGCAGUUCGCCCUCUACCACAGGUGUGCCAGCGCAGGGAGAGGCUCUGUCCUGGAUGCUGCCCCCACAGAAUACAGUUAAUCACAAUAGAGUGGAUGAGCAUCCCCAGGGCAAGUUUUCUUCUGUCCUCAAUCAGCCCACUCCCCAUGGAGGGCCCCACAGGUAGUAUUGAGAGAAGCUCCUGGGUUUUCUUUUGUCCAGUAUACUCCCCAUUGAUGUCCACUCCACUGUCUGGCCAUCUGGCCGACCUCUUUCCUGCAUGUCCCCCAGGAUAAGCAGAGCCCAUCCUCCAGCCCACCCGGGCCAAUGUGCUCAUGGGUGGCAGCCCUCUUGCCAACAUUUAUCACUUGUAGCCAAGACAAAACCAUUAGCUUGAUGCUGCCCUUACCAAACACAGCCCCUCAGGACUGAUCCUUCUCCAGAGGUACAGUUGCCUGGGCACAGCUGCUGUCCCCAGACUGGGGCUAAGUCAGCGAGGUCCCUACCCCACCUCACCUUCCCUUUCCCAAGGGCCACAAACUCCUCAGGGGCAUUCAGAGUCCAAAAGUCCAGCCACAGUUCAUUCAUCCUUAACCAGGUCCAAGAAGACAGGCCUCUCACUCUAGAUUGUAUGGGGUGGAAAGAUCUCAGAGAAUCUGCCAAGUUUGCUUCCUACCGUGUCCCACCAGAUGGGGGCCCCAAGAUCAGACAGCUCCUGGCACUGCUGGCCCAGCCCUUCCUAGAGGGGCUUGCUCAAGGCUGGCCAGAGGCCAGCUCAGAAUCUUUGCCCUCCUCACCUCAUGGCCUGAUGGUGGCUGGGUUAGAGGAAGCCCUGUCUACUCAGAUCUCCCAGCCACAGAGGGACAGUGUGGGAAGAGUCUGGAAAUAGGGGUCCAAGCUGUGGAGGGCGCAGCUGGCCCUGGGCUACCCCCAUUUCAUUUGUAUGAUAUCCAGUCAGGAAACCAGCUUGCAGGACAGGUGAGAGAGAAAAAAGGGAAAGACAGGGCCAAGUUGCCAUGGGCACUUCUGGUUUGAAGAGCUGAGCAACCCCUGAAUUGGGUCUGCUUGGGGGGCUUAAAGCCUUUGUCAAAGCCAGUGCCUUACUAUGAGUAAGAUUCUGUCUUUCAGCUUCCAACCUUCCUAAGAAUGGGCUCCUCACUCUGGGAAUCUGGGACCAUGGGUUGGUUAUAGGAGAAACUGGCUCCUGGGUUUCCACUGAUCUCCAGAGUAACAGUGUAUGGCUCUGCUGCGAUGCUCAGCAAUGGAGUUAUCUGAGGGCUGAUCGGCAGCAAAAUCGGAGCUUCGUGGGCUGGUGUGGCCAGGAAGACCGGUAUUGGUAGCUCCAGGGACUGUGUCGGACUGAUCCUCAGGAACAGACAGCCAAGGCCCUGUCCCCAGCUCAUUUCUGUUUUUGUGUUUGGACACAAGCUCUUGCUCCAGGCUGUUUUUGAGCUCCUGGGCUCAAGCAGUCCUCUUGCAGAGCCUGUGGGGCCACAGGAAUGUGCCACCAUAGCCACUUGCCCCAUGCUUCUGGCAUGAUGCAAGCCUGGUGGCCUCCCACAUAGCUCAAGGGUUGAGAAAAGUCAGAUGAGCCAGCAGGACAUCCGCAGGGCCACUCUCACAGGCAGUUUAGGGGCACCUGCCCAAGCUGGCUGCAGGUAUCUGACCCUUGUCAGGCAGACCAGUAGCAGAAAAGAGACGACCCCAAGCCUAGUGCCUGAAAAUAACCAGAAGGUUAUUUUCAGCAUGACUCAACUGAUUUAUUGUGAUGACUGGCAGUGUUAAACCCAGGGGUGGGCAGUUCAUAAUCAGGAUCAAUUUCCAAUCACAGUGACAGGCGCAUUCUCCUUCCAGGGACUGCCAGGUCCUCCCACAGCCUCCUACCCCACUGUGGCCAGCACUUAUGGGACAGCAGAUUUACCAGUCAUGAGGGGACUAGUGUCACAUACUUUGCAGUGUGGGCUGGAGAGAUGCCAGCCCUCAUGCUUCACCUGGGCCCUGAAGUAUCACCUCCAACAAGACCUGUCCUCUCUCAGAUGGUGAACACAUCUGUCCCAGACGGUCCCUGUCUUUCAAGGGGAGGGGCAGGUGCUACAGAGGCUGGGAUCUCAAGGUGGAUUUGCAGUCAGGCCGAGCUCACUCUGCUCCUCAGGCCCAGGCACAUCAGGGACGAUGAGGAAACUGCUGGAAUUCAGGGUGAGGAUUAAUCCUUUCCAGUAUCCUGUGAGAGACCAGAGAGAGGGUACAGAAUUGACCUGGAGGAACCCUAAACCGCUGUCCAGAGAACUGACAUAGGAUUGAUAGGGGCGAAGGGGUCCCACCUCCCCAAGCUGAGAGGUCGAGAUAGCUCUGGAAAUAACUCUUCAGACUAUCAGGAAAAAGUCAAGACCAGAGAUGUAACUCAGUGGUACAAUGCCUGCUUGGCAAACACAAGGUGCUGAGUUCGAUUCCUAGUAUACCACCCUCUUGGAAAGUCAGGGGGCCAGACUGGCCCGUGGCCUGGUCACAAGUGGCUGAGGAUGUUUUCUGAGAUUUUACCAUAUUUCCAUCUGUGAAAUGGGACAGGGGAGGAUGAAAGGGGCUAAGAUGCAAGGAAAAUGGCCCUGAGGGGCAGCAUUUGCCAAAUGUUCCUGCCUGCCACCUUGCCCUUGUGGAACUAUCCUGGAGGGCGAGGCAGCUGUGAGAGGGGAGUCAGCCUGGGACCGGGCACCCCGAGAAAGGCCCCAGAAUGAAGCUGCCAUUUCCAGCUGGGAGGCAGAGGGAACCUUCAGGAUAAAGGGCUCUGUUACAAACACAGGUUGAGGGCCCAGUAUUACCCAAUGAGGAUGGCUGGGAUGAAGAGGAGGCCAGCUCCCAGGAGGAAGGGGAACCCCUUCAUGAAGUUCCGAGUGGCUGGGUACAGCGAAUUGAAGAUGCCAGAGGCCGUCAGCAUGGCCAAGCUAUUCACACAGGCCACAGCAGAAAAGAGAGCACCUGUGAAGAAAGAAAUGCCACACUCUGGAGUUUAAAAGACCCCGGCUCAAAUCCCGGCGCCACCCUCUCUCAACUGUGUGACCCAGGGCAAGUCGCCCAACCUAAAUCUCACCUCCCUCCCCCGCGUGACAGAUUCAUGAAGUCUUGCACAAAAAGGACCUGGGACAGAGGGGCUGCUAAAUAAAUGGCUGCUGUUAAAUCCACA